CCGCCGCCCCGCCCCCGCCCUCCCCGGGCGCCGCGCGUCCAGCCCGGCUUGAGGCCCCAGCCCCUGCGCCGCUCUCCCGACCCGCGAUCGUCCGCCAGGCCGUGCCACCUGGCCGCUCUGCCCGCCCGCGUGUGUGUGUUUUGGUCUGGGCUGGCCUCCGGGCCGUCAGUCCCCACUGGUUGGGCCAUGCCGAGUCGCCGCGUCGCCAGAUCGUCCGCUGCGCCGGAGCUCGGGCCCUUGGGGUCCGCUGACCUCUCCUCGCUCUCUCUCGCCGUUUCCAGGACCACGGAUGAACUGGAGAUCAUCGACGAGUACAUCAAGGAGAAUGGCUUCGGCUUGGAGGGGGCGCAGCCCGGCCCGGGCGAGGGGCUGCCGCGCCUGGUAUCUCGCGGGGCGGCCUCCCUGAGCACCGUCACCCUGGGCCCCGCGGCGCCUCCGCCCCCGGCCACACCGCCGCCCUGGGGCUGCACCCUGGGCCGGCUGGUGCCCCCGGCCCCGGGCGCCGGGCCGCGGCCGCACCUGGUCAUCACCGAGCAGCCCAAGCAGCGCGGCAUGCGCUUCCGCUACGAGUGCGAGGGCCGCUCGGCUGGCAGCAUCCUCGGAGAGAGCAGCACGGAAGCCAGCAAGACGCUGCCCGCCAUCGAGCUCCGGGACUGUGGAGGGCUGCGGGAGGUGGAGGUGACCGCCUGCCUGGUGUGGAAGGACUGGCCUCACCGAGUUCAUCCCCACAGCCUCGUGGGGAAAGACUGCACAGACGGCGUCUGCAGGGUGCGGCUCCGGCCUCACGUCAGCCCUCGGCACAGCUUUAACAACCUGGGCAUCCAGUGCGUGAGGAAAAAGGAGAUCGAGGCUGCCAUUGAGCGGAAAAUUCAGCUGGGCAUCGACCCUUACAACGCUGGGUCCCUGAAGAACCAUCAGGAGGUGGACAUGAAUGUUGUGAGGAUUUGCUUCCAGGCCUCAUACAGGGACCAGCAAGGACAGAUGCGCCGGAUGGACCCUGUGCUCUCUGAGCCCGUCUACGACAAGAAGUCUACAAACACGUCGGAGCUACGGAUUUGCCGAAUCAACAAGGAGAGUGGGCCGUGCACGGGUGGCGAGGAGCUCUACCUCCUCUGCGACAAGGUGCAGAAAGAGGAUAUAUCGGUGGUGUUCAGCAGAGCCUCCUGGGAAGGCCGGGCUGACUUCUCCCAGGCCGAUGUGCACCGCCAGAUUGCCAUUGUGUUCAAGACACCACCCUACGAGGACCUGGAGAUUGUUGAACCUGUGACAGUGAAUGUCUUUCUGCAGCGGCUUACCGAUGGGGUCUGCAGUGAGCCUCUGCCCUUCACCUACCUGCCUCGGGACCAUGACAGCUACGGCGUGGACAAGAAGCGGAAACGGGGGCUGCCUGACGUCCUUGGGGAGCUGAAUAGUUCCGAUCCCCAUGGCAUUGAGAGCAAACGACGGAGGAAAAAACCAGUCUUCCUGGAUCAAUUCCUGCACAGCCAUGGCUCAGGACCGUACCUCCCACCGUCAGUGCUGCUACCGGACACAGACUUCUUCCCGGGCACCGUAUCCCUCCCUAGCCUGGAACCCCCCGGCGGGCCGGACCUCCUGGACGACGGCUUUCCCUACGACCCCGCUGCCCCAACGCUCUUGACCAUGCUGGACAUGUUGCCCCCAGCGCCACCACUCACCAGCGCUGUCGCGGGCAACGGCGGUGCAGGGGCUGCGGUCGGGGAGCCCCCCGGCCCUGAGCCGCUGACGCUGGACUCGUACCAGGCCCCGGGCCCCGGGGACGGAGGCACUGCCAGCCUCGUGGGCAGCAACAUGUUCCCCAACCAGUACCGUGAGGCCGGCUUUGGGGGUGGCCUCCUGUCCCCGGGCCCUGAGGCCACGUAGCCCCGCGGCGCUGGAGGAGAGGCGCUGGGUGGGGAGGGAGGUGGUCUUCCAACCAGGAUACCCAGCACCCCCAUCCCCUGGGGCGGCCCUUGGUCAGUCUUCCAACGUCCUCGUCCUUCUGAAUCGGACAUCUUCAGCGCUGGGGAGAAACUCCGUAGCACCGGUUUCUCCUGAGCUCAUUUUACAAAUGAGAAAACUGAAUCUGGAGAGGAAAGGGGGCUUGGCUCUCAAGCACUAGCUUGUUAAAGCUGCUGUCUCAGCCCCCACAAGCAGGGGCACCUUCUCCAGGGGGAUUCUGUUGUGUAUAUAUGGGAGGAGGGUGCAGAUCCCCCAUCCUCCUUCCCCAAGCUUGAAGGUGGGGGGGGGGUAGGUUGUUUGUUCAGAGUCUUCCUAAUAAAGAUGAGCUUUUGA